AUGCGCGAGGCCGAACUCGACGUCGAUUCCUUCCGGACGGACCUCUUCGCGAAUCGCGACCGCGCGCGUCAACGGCGGGAGCGCCGUUCGAGGCUCGGACUCAUGUUCACGUGUGCGUUAGCGAUCGUGGCGCUGAUGAUAUUCGUUGACAAUGCGUGCGCAGAGGCCAUAAUGAAUGACGUCGGUGAAGCGGUAAUGCCGAAGAUGCGUUUCCAGCGCCAACCCCAUAACACCAUCGCUAAUCUCGGCGGAUGGAAGAAGUGGACGAAAAAAGCUUCAAAAGCCGCGAAGAAAGCAGCCGAUCAGGCAGCCGCGGCGCGGGCAGCCGCGGAGGCAGCCGCACGGGCAGCCGCAGAAAGGGCAGCCGCGGAGGCAGCCGCACGGGCAGCCGCGGCAAAGAAAGCCGCGGAGGAAGCCGCGAGGAGAGCCGCGGAGGAAGCCGCGGCGAGGGCAGCCGCGGCAGAAGCGGCCGCGAAGGCAGCCGCGGAGGAAGCCGCGGCGAAGGCAGCCGCAGAGGCAGCCGCAGCAAAGAAAGCCGCGGAGGAAGCCGCGGCGAAAGCAGCCGCAGAGGCAGCCGCGGCUAAGGCAGCCGUGGCGCAAGCCGCAACCGACGCGUACGACGCGGGUAAGACACUCGCUGGAAACACGUAUUCCCAGACACUCUCCAAUGUGAGAAACAAGUUUGGCGAUGCCAAAGUGAACGCGUACUUCGGUAACCAGAGAGAUAUGCUGCAAAAUAAGUACGACUCGGCUAAGGGCUUCACCGAUGCCGCUGUGAAUGACAUGAAGUCCGAAGUGAAAGAGCUCAGGAAGGAUCUCGUCGGCGUCGCAGAAAUGGUCGUCGCUUUCUUUAACGGCUUGAAUUGCAACAUCGGCCCAUCAACGAUGACCAGUUUUACCACGUCUUUGAAAAAUGCUUUCAAGUCCAGCGGUACUGCUGAUUUGGUAAACAAAAUUAAAAACGAGCCGUCGCGAUUCUACAGAGACAUGGAUGCGGCGACAUGCGAUUUGAUCUGGAAUACGGUGUUCACUUCAUCUUCUGCUGCCAUCACGACCUUCGGGACUGCCAUUAAGACGCUUAAGAGCGAUUGCCCCGCGCUCGGUGGUGCCAACCCUGCGUUUACGCUCGGUUUCACACUCGACGUCGACGUAACCUUUGCGUCAAGGACGGGCGGCAUUGGCACAGAGAUUGGCGUCGGAUUUGAUAUGACGGGCCAAAAGUUCUGCUACGUCGGCGGGUGUGUCACUGCUGGCCGGACUUUUGGUUCCAACUCAGCUGCCAACGCGGAUCUCACUCCAGGCCUCGCUUUGUCCGGCUACAAAGAACUCACUUCUGUCCCGGGUGAAUGUUCUUUGCUCGACGUCGGCAUUGAUAUCAAUCUUCCGACUCCCAUUAAAGUCGAGGGCGGCGGCGGCCUCACAUAUCUGUAUGGCGGAGGUAUGGGAGAUUUUGUUGGCCUUUCAUACCCAAUGGAGCUCGGCGCUGGUGAUCCGGUGCCUGGUGCUGAUGUUUCCAUCAAACGUGGCAUGUGCUGCACGCCCAUCUGUUUGAAGACGGACGGUACCUCGUGCGCGCCGACGAACUGGAAAAACCCGUGCCCGACGAUGGCAGAUCCGAAUGCGUACCUAAAUCUCAUCACGACGUCGUCGAGCGCUGCUCUUGGUGGAGAGCGAACGCUCGAUAUGAGCCACGAGGACCAUACUAAGUACUACCGACGCAUCGGUGAUCCGAAAUCGCACACAUACGAUGCAAUCUCUGAGCGUCUGUCGCAGUCGACCAUCGUUGCUUCAGUGUUGACGAUCUCCGUGCUGGCGCUCGCCAUCGUCGCACAUCGUCGCCGCGUCGCUCGCAAGAUUACCGCGGACGAAUCCACGCCUCUUCUCGAAGAAGCGUGCUUAAAACAUGAGUGAAGACGAUUGAAGCUUCUUCACUUAUUCGCGGGCUUCGUCCCGGCGCCGCAAUUUUCGCCCUUUAUUUCACUUCAACUCAACUAAAACUAAAAGCCUUUAAAUACUCCUUAACUACUCAAGUACUUUUUGUAAAUCUUGCAAUCAAAACUUUCGUCAUAA